CCCGGAGUGCCGAAAGUCCCCUGCCCGCUUCCUCCUGCGAAGACGUAGCUGCGGGUGGCUGUGGUGGCGGCGUCCAAGAUGUCGACUAAGAAUUUCCGAGUCAGUGACGGUGACUGGAUUUGCCCUGACAAAAAAUGUGGAAAUGUAAACUUUGCUAGAAGAACCAGCUGUAAUAGAUGUGGUCGGGAGAAAACAACUGAGGCUAAGAUGAUGAAAGCUGGGGGUACUGAAAUAGGAAAGACACUUGCAGAGAAGAGCCGGGGCCUUUUUAGUGCUAAUGACUGGCAGUGCAAAACGUGCAGUAACGUGAAUUGGGCCAGAAGAUCAGAGUGUAACAUGUGUAAUACUCCAAAGUAUGCUAAGUUAGAAGAAAGAACAGGUUAUGGUGGUGGUUUUAAUGAAAGAGAAAAUGUUGAAUAUAUAGAAAGAGAAGAAUCUGAUGGUGAAUAUGAUGAGUUUGGACGUAAAAAGAAAAAAUACAGGGGGAAGGCAGUUGGUCCUGCAUCUAUUUUAAAGGAAGUUGAAGAUAAAGAAUCUGAGGGAGAAGAAGAGGAUGAGGAUGAAGAUCUUUCUAAAUAUAAAUUAGAUGAGGAUGAGGAUGAAGAUGAUGCUGAUCUCUCAAAGUAUAAUCUUGAUGCCAGUGAAGAAGAAGAUAGUAAUAAAAAGAAAUCUAACAGACGAAGUCGCUCAAAGUCUCGAUCUUCACAUUCACGAUCUUCAUCACGCUCAUCCUCCCCCUCAAGUUCAAGGUCUAGGUCCAGGUCCCGUUCAAGAAGCUCUUCCAGUUCGCAGUCAAGAUCUCGUUCCAGUUCCAGAGAACGUUCGAGAUCUCGUGGGUCGAAAUCAAGAUCCAGCUCCAGGUCCCACAGGGGCUCUUCUUCCCCACGAAAAAGAUCUUAUUCAAGUUCAUCAUCUUCUCCUGAGAGGAACAGAAAGAGAAGUCGUUCUAGAUCUUCUUCACCUGGUGAUCGCAAAAAAAGACGAACAAGAUCACGGUCACCCGAAAGCCAGGUGAUUGGUGAAAACACUAAACAACCCUGAGCCCAGGGCCAACCCCUCGGAACACCACUACUUUACCCAGGCACCACAGGUCAUCUUCUGGAUCAUCCCAUUCUGGUUCCCGUUCAAGUUCAAAAAAGAAAUAAUGUAUUAAAAAUUACAUCUAAAAAAAAAAAAAAGUACAGUGCAUGAAGCAUAUUUUUUAAGGAGUUGGUGUCUUACUUGGUCAGAAGUGCUAAAACUGCUAGUAGAGGUGCAUGCCUUUCAUUGCUUUUCACAACAAUACAGCUGUGUUUAUUUGUGAAAUUAAAAGUAAAUAGUAUUUUAAGCCAUAAUGUCCUAAAAUAGAUACUCUAUUUAUCAUUCAUUAUUUACAACUAUUUCAUUUAAAACCAUUUCAGCUGUGACAGAGUACUUUGUUUCCUAAUUUGAACUCUUGUUUUUCCAUUUCGGAAUAUGAACUAUUGACUGAAGACAGGAUAACCUAGGCUUGCCUGAACUUUGGGCAUGGAGGCAAGACUGUGGUAAAGUAGUUGGAAACAGUCUGUUUAUGUUAAUUGGGAAAAGGAGUCAACCUGUUCCUAUGAAUCUAUGUCAAAGGGAUUCCUAUCACAAAAAGUAAAACUAGUUGAAAACAGCCAACUGGAAACUUUCUCAUUUUGAAAUUCCCUAUGCUGAGGGUGCCUUAGAAUCUUUGUCUCUCUUUUAUCCAGUUUUACUUUUUUGUACCACCACAUUUAAUGAAGAAAAAAAAUCUUGUGAAUUUCAGAAGGAAAGGGGUGUUAUUCAUUUUCCCUUUCCUGACAAUAAUUUUGAGCAAAAAUGUCAAACAGGUUCCUCUCUUUACUGAUAUUGAUGAGAAAAACAUCCGUUUCAAAAUGUUUUUAUCUUAAUAUUUUAAGAAGCUUCAUGUGAUAUCUUUUAAAAACCUGGUUAUCACAUAUGGUAGUAUCGAUAAAGUUAAGUCGUAGUUAAUGAGGAACAAAUUGAAGUAUAUUUCUUUGGGUGAAAGACCAGCAGAGAGAUUGUGAAUUUAAAUGAACAUUUAUUUGCCUUGAGAUGUUCAAACACUGCAUAAAAUUUUCUUCUAAGUAACGAAUGCUUAUUUCUGCAUGACAUGCAGAAAUACUUAUUGUUCCUAUUCACUUGAAAUUACUUAUGGCUUAAAAUACAGAGUUCGUUUUAUUUCUCAAAAUCUGGUCACUUGAGCUACAUUUUGUCCUCUGGUUUAAAAACAAAAAGGUUUCUUCUCUUAACAGUAUCUUCAGUGACAAUGCAAGGUAAGUAUGUUAAGGGAAAUCGACAAAUUGUGCUUGGGGACUUUUUGUCAUGGGGAUCAGUACCCACAUUUUGUUUUUGUUUUCCUUGAUUUUAAAUUAUUGUCUACUGCAAUUAAAAAUUUUAAAGUUUUAAGGUUAUCUAGUAGACAGACCAAACAAAAUACUUGUUUUUUACUUUAAAAUGAGUGAUUUUUCUCUUCAGCUGAUCUAAAGAUGAAAGCAAAAUAUCUUAUGUAGAAGUAUUUUGAUAAUAUUUUUACAAUGAACUUCCCCUUGUUUUUUUAUGUCUUAAUUUUCUUUGCUGCGUUUACUGUAGGUUGCACAAGAACUUUUACUCUCUUGUAUUGUGCCUCAGACUUCUUGAAAGUCCACCUUCUAAAUUUGCCCAGAUGAUCUUCUAGAGUCUACAUGUUACCAUUGGUUUAUUCUUGUGCUUUCUGUAUUUGAAACUUUGGCUGUACUAAGCAAAUGCAAGGUUAUAAAUUUAGCUGAUAGUUUACAGACAAUUCAGAUGAUUAUGAUUUCAUUUGGUUUAACUAAGCUGUACUAGUUCAUUUCAUGAAGAAAUGAUGCUGUAGACAAAUGUAAAUAAAGCUGUGAAUCAAGCAUCAAGUGGCAUUUGUGAGAAAUAAAUUAGAAUUUUUAAGCUCUGA